AUGGUCGUUAUUAACGUAAAGUGGGCCAGAGAGAAGUAUGUCGUUGAUGUGGAUACUUCUCAGCCUCCAAUCGUCUUCAAAUCGCAACUUUUUACGUUGACUAAUGUGCUUCCUGAACGACAGAAGGUUUUAAUACAAGGUCGCACAUUGGGUGAUGAAACCUGGGAUGGAAUCAAACUCUCCGAUAAUAUGACCAUUAUGAUGAUGGGAAAUGUUGGAGACAUUAUGAAAGCCCCACAACCAGUUUCGGGAGAAUCAUCUACUGAAAAUGGUGGUGGCAAGAAGGACUCGGGCCAACUUUAUCCAAUUGGAAUGACCAAUCUCGGAAAUACUUGCUACUUCAACUCGUGUGUUCAACUCUUCAAAGAGUUUGACGAAAUGAUUCUCACUGAUGAAAAUGUUAAAAAAGUCGAAAACUCGAACGAACGCCUCGGCUUCUGUCUCGCCGAGCUUCUCAGAAAACUACGCGAUAAAAAUUACGCGAAGGCAAACAAUAUUUCUGCCGUCUCGCCGUUUGCAGCGGUUGCUACACUUUCAAAUACAUUUCCACAAUUCGAACAAUUCAAGCAGCAAGAUGCUAAUGAGUGCUUUGUUGCUCUUCUGAAUACCAUUAUAAGGACAUUGAAAAUCGCUGGAGUUGAUGUGAAGGAUUGUUUCACCGUGAAAACUGUAACAACAGCCAAAUGUUUGGAAUCUGAAGGAGAGGAAGAAUCUAAAACCGAAUCUUUCAAUCAAUUGACCUGCUACAUCAAUAAGGAUGUUCGUUUUCUACAAACCGGUAUCAAGAGCGGUUUUGAUGAAGAAAUGGAGCGCCACAGUAAUUUACUUGGAAGAGACGCAAAAUGGCAGAAAAACACCAGAAUCAGUCGGCUUCCGAAAUAUCUGACGGUCAAUUUGAAUCGAUUCUUCUUCAAGGAGCAGGCGAAGAUUAACGCGAAAAUCUUGAAAGCGGUGCAAUUCCCGAUUUCUUUGGAUGUCUAUGAUUUGUGUACGGAUGAGCUGAAGGAGAAGCUCAGCGCACGCCGUGGCGAUAUCAAGCUUGAGGAGGAUGCGAAGCUUGAUCGAGAAAUGAGGAAAAAGACGCUCGACAAAGAACAGGCGAAGGCAAUUUUCGAUGAUGGAGUUCCAUUGUCGUCAGAAUUCGAGAAUGAUCCAGGAAGCAAUAAUUCUGGUUUUUAUGAGCUGAAGGGCAUAAUUACUCACAAAGGACGAUCGUCGAACGACGGGCAUUAUGUCGCAUGGAUUCGCUCAUCGGAAGAUGGAAAAUGGAGACUGUUCGAUGAUGAUGAUGUGUCCGUUGUUGACGAGGAGGCGGUCCUCAAAACUGCCGGCGGCGGCGAUUGGCACAGCGCCUAUUUGCUCGUUUAUGAGUCACGCGUGAUCAAAAAAUUCCCCGAGUUGCCGCCGGUCCAAUCGAGUGCGGCGGAAGCGCAAAAUCAGGAAGCGAUGGAAAUCUCCAAUGGAAAUUGA